CUGUAAGUCUUUAGAUUGAGUCAGUAGGUGUGUCAAUCAGGGGGAGUAGAGUCUAAAUGGUAGUGGAACCGUUGUCUGGUGGUGCACCUUUCACCAUGGUUGACACCCGUACUGGGAAGAGUACUGCCCCCUCUGAGGCCGAGCAGGCCCGGAUUGCCGCCCUUUUGAGAGAGAAGAAAGAGAAGGAGCUCCUGAAGCAGGCGAAGCUCAAGGCCAUUGAGGAGGAGCAGGCAGCGAAGAAGAAGAGAUUGGAGGAAGAGAUGCUAAGAUUUCAAAAGGAAAAGAUGAUGAUGUUAGAGGGAGAGGAGGAGGAAAGAAGAAGGGCUGCAGAAGAAGCAGCAGCAGCAGAAGAGGAAGAAGAAGAAGAAGAAGAACCCCUUGAAAGAAGACGUGGAGAACAGAGAGGGGAAGCAAGUGGUACGAAGGAGGAGGACAGAUGGAGGGAGAAGAAAAUUAGUGAAUGGGUGGCUAACUUAUCUUUGGGAGAAGAUGAAGAGGCACAGUUAUAUGUGCCCCAGGAGGCGAGGGAGGCGUUUGCCAGGGCCCUGGAGCUGAUAGAGGAUCCCCUGGAACGCCAGGCGACAGAGGAUGAGAAAAAGUUGGAGUGGAAAUUGAAGAUGAUGAGAGAAAAGAAGAGAAGGAGGGACAAAGCCAGCAGAAUAGCCGGGGAGGUUGAGCGAGUGCGAACCGGCAGGCAGGAGCUACAGGCCCAAACAGAGGUUUCUGCCAAGUUAGAUAAAGAUGACGGGCUUCUUGGAAUGACAUUUCAGCGAUGUAUGAACGAUUUGUUUAGGCCUUGGUUAGAUAGAUUUGUCGUAGUGUAUCAUGACGACAUCUUAGUUUUCAGUAGGACCCUCCAAGAGCACCAGGGUCAUUUGAGGCAAGUCUUGGAGAAGCUCAGAGAGGCUAACUUCAAGAUCAAUGCAAAGAAGUGUGGGUGGGCCAAGACACAAGUUUUGUACUUGGGCCACGUGUUAAACGGAGAUGGCAUUGAGCCUGAGGACAAUAAGAUAGCGACGAUUAGAGAUUGGCCGACGCCCCGCACAUUGACAGAGUUGUGGUCGUUCCUAGGCCUAGCUAACUACUAUAGGAAGUUCGUGAGGAACUUCUCGACUAUCGCCGCUCCCCUACGCAGGUUGCUCAAGAAAGAGGCAAUCUGGCAGUGGGAUAAAGACUGUACGUCUGCGCUAAAGAAGUUAAAGCGCGCGUUAAUAGAGUAUCCUAUGCUCAAAGUAGCGGAUACGUCCUUGCCAUUUGUCGUCACCACGGACGCGAGUCGGUAUGGUAUAGGCGCCGUGUUACAACAAGACGACGGCAAUGGCUAUAGACCCGUAGAGUUCAUGUUCGCGAGGAUGCCCUGUGAGAAGGUCGCUACCUCCACGUACGAGAGAGAACUCUACGCUCUCAGGCACGCUUUAGAGCACUGGAAGCAUUACCUGCUUGGGAGGCACUUCGAAGUGUACUUCGACCAUGAGACUCUUAGAUGGUUGAAGACACAGGCCAAGAUGACACCCAAGUUGACUAGGUGGGCCGUUGAGAUAGACCAGUACGACUUUGAGCUCAAGCCAGUUAAGGGCAAGUACAAUGUAGUUGCGGAUGCUCUGAGUAGAAGAACUUACCGGAUCCCUGACGACGUCAAGUUCUGAGUGAAGGGAUCCGAUUGUUCUCUACGCAAGCUAGUAGCUUAGAAGCAUGGAAACUGGAUCCUUCCCGUACUCUAGCACAAACUCUCUAGUGCCCGGUGGUAGUCUUUGAAUUGAUCAAGAUUCAGAUAGUAGAUCGGUCGUCGAGGAAGCCACCUCUUGUGCAAUUUGUUCAGUGUGCAUGACAUGGCAAUAUCAUGUAACUGAAUGAAACUCACUUCACAAC